AGGCAGUGGUCAGUCUUCCCCUUCACUAACUUGGAAUGGUUUCAGAUCGCCAGCGCCCGCGCGUAGCCCGAGCCGCCGUCCCUCCGCCAGCCCAUCGGAUCGAUGUCGCUCUGACCUCCGCCGUUCCCCUGUUACACACGCAGGUAAGACUUAAUGCUGCCGCUUCAGCCGCAUAGCGACCAUUUCCACAAAAACGCUGGACUACGGAAGAGCGCCUUGCUGCUUUAUCGCGUAGCACGCCUCUCCGGAUAUCCAUGCAUCAUCACCAUCAUCAUCAUCAUUAUCCCAAAAAACUGCAGGACCAAACACAAGCGACUCAAUUCCCAUCUCAAAAUAGAGAUCGGAGAUUUUUUUUUGUUUGUUGUUUUUUUUUUUUUUUUGCGACGGUUGUGAAGUGCCAAAGUACACCCGGGUGGGCGAAGUUCGGUGCCUCUGAGUGAUAGUCGAGUUGCAUUAAUCAUCGCACUGCAUUUCCAGGCUCUGAUGAGAGAAAGUGCUCUCACUUUGGGGUGGGGUUGGAGUUGUUUCAGAGUAACUUUCUUGGCCAAAGGGAAGUCAGUGCAUUGCGAUUUUUAUCCGCUGAAGGAAAAGUUUGUUGUGCCAUUGGGCUGCAGCAGCGCGGCGGCUGUGAUCUGUUUCUGAAAGCACCGGGAAGACCUGCUGAGAGAGGAGCACUAGAUCAUAACGCGGCUUUAAAUCAGCUGUAAGACAAACGCUAGUGUUGAGUUUGAGCAGGAGGCUCGGGGAGAAAACUGACAUGAGCUUCAUGUGUGUGCUUUUACUCCCCACCUCUCCCUCUCUCUCUCUCUCUCUCUCUCUUGCUCUCUCUCUCUCUCUCCGCUCCCCAAUAGCUUUUGCUGCUUUUGCCUUCUCCUCCUUAAAUAUAUGCAUGUAGGUUAAAUGAGUACCUGAUGAAAUAAAGGCCGGCUCCCAGCCCCGGGUUACACGCGGAGGGGAAAUCUGCUAGCGGAGAGGAAGCGCAGUGGCCGCGCGCGCUGAAAAAAGCCCCGGCUUUGGGAAUUGCUCCGGCUUCUGCUCGCUUCUCUCCCCCGCUUUCCCCUGCUCGAGCCCGGCAGAGAUGAUCAGUAGCACCGCUCUUGAUGGCUUAAAGAUGCAGUGGACCCCAGAGCAUGCGCAGUGGGCAGAGCAGCACUUCGACAUCUCCUCCACGACCCGCUCCCCAGCCCACAAAGCUGAGGCAUAUCGUGGGCACCUGCAGAGAACCUACCAGUAUGCCUGGGCCAACGAUGACAUCUCCGCUCUCACCGCCUCCAAUCUCCUGAAGAAAUAUGCUGAAAAGUACUCUGGGAUCCUCGAGGGUCCCAGUGAGAGGGCACUGCUGUGCUCAUAUUCAGAGAGUGCCCCAGGACUCCUAAACGGACGCAAGUCUGAAAGUGAAGUAUGGCAAGAGGGCAUCUACCCCAUGAACUGCACCGCAGAUGUGAUAUCUGCAAGCAAGGCUGUAGUGGCAGCCACUUUGCCACCAGCGGACAGUGCAGCCAACAUUGGCAGCUCAUCAGGGGUGGCAAGCAGUCUGAGUGAACCCAGCUACUCCAGUAGCAGUUGUGGGAGCCACACACCUGCUGCCCUGCACUCGGGGAUCCCCUCUCAGGAGUUUGCGAGUGGCUACAAUGGCACUUACCUGCAUUCCACCUAUAGUGGUGGGCAAAGCACCCCAGCCCUGCCCUCCCCACAUCCCUCACCUUUGCACAGCAGUGGGCUCCUUCAGCCUCCUCCACCCCCUCCUCCCCCUCCUCCAACACUGGUGCCUAGCUAUAAUGCAGGUUCACCUAACCUCUCCAGUUACAACUACCCACCUACAGGGUAUCCCCCCCAGGCUUCUGUUGCUCCAGGCUACAGCCCUGGAGGAGCCCCCCCUCCUUCAGCCUACUUGCCCUCAGGCAUUGCAGCUCCCACACCACUAGCCCCCUCUACCAUUCCCGGCUACUCCUACCAGUCUCACAACCAUGCACCUAUUGCACCGACACCUUUGAAUGGCAGCUCAGCCAACUCACUGAAAAGAAAAGCUUUCUACAUGACAGGACAAGGAGACAUGGACUCCAGUUAUGGAAAUUUCAGUUACAACCAACAGCGCUCAACUCAAAGUCCUAUGUACAGAAUGCCAGAUAGCAGCCUUGCUGACUCAAGCAGAGGGAAUGGAUUUGACAGAAGUGCUGACACUUCGUCUUUGCCAUUUAAGCCUACAAAACAGCCAAUGUCCUCGGAUCAACAGCGUAAAUUCAGCAGUCAGUCUGGCAGAGCCAUCACCCCUCCUUCCUAUGGAGCAUCCAAAGGUUCCAUGGGGUCAGUACGAUCAGGCGAGUCUUUUGGGAAGUUCAGUUCACCUGUUAUGAAUGAGCACAACGAGGAGCACAGGCAGCACUUGCCACAUUCCAUUGGCACAGUUCCUUCAAGUGGCCACCCAGCUGAGGAGCAGCUGAAAAAUAGUGACUCCAGCCUGGUGGAGAUGGUCACCACUGAAGUCCUCCAGCAGAUGCCCCCUGUGGACUGGAGUGACAUUGUAGGGCUGGAGCUGGUCAAGGCCACCAUUAAAGAGGAGGUUUUGUGGCCGAUCCUGAGGCCAGAUAUGUUCAGUGGCCUGGCACCAUUACCACGCAGCAUCCUUUUCUUUGGACCUCAGGGCACUGGACGGACAUUGCUGGCACGCUGUGUCGCCAGCCAGCUGGGUGCUGCAUUCCUCCAGCUCAGUGGAUCAGCACUAGUUAGCAAGUGGCUGGGGGAGGGCGAGAAGGUGGUGCAGGCCUCAUUUCUUGUAGCUCGCUGCCGGCAACCUUCAGUAAUAUUUGUUAGUGAUGUAGAUCUCUUACUGUCACCACAGCUAAGUGAGGAAAGCCCGGUAAAUCGUAUCAAGAGUGAACUUCUCCUACAACUGGAUGGAGUGCUCAGCUCGACAGAGGACCAUGUCUUGGUCAUCUGCUCCACUAGCAAGCCUGAGGAAAUAGAUGAAGCUCUGCGUAGGUACUUUGUUAAGAGGUUGCUCAUCCCACUACCAGACACCUCGGCACGACACCAGCUGAUCAGUCAGGUGCUCUCCCAGCACAACUACUGCCUCAGUGACAAAGAGGUGGCACUGCUUGUCCAGCGGACAGAGGGAUUCUCGGGGUUGGACCUGGUUCGUCUUUGCCAGGAAGCCAUUGUCGGACCCUUGCAUGGCAUGCCUGGCACAGAACUGUCUGGAGUCAUACCAGGGCAGAUGAGGCCACUAUCUUACCAGGACUUUGAAAAUGUCUUUUGCAAAAUCCAACCCAGCAUAUCACAAAAAGAACUGGACACAUACACUGAGUGGAACAAAAUGUUUGGUUGUAGUCAGUGAAAUGGGCUUAAGGGGGCCAUAUAGGGUGACUUCUCCUCCUAUAAGGAGAGGAUACAAUUCAGAAUUCUUUGGGUGAAACAAACAACAUUGAAAGGUGGGUAUUACUAGUGACCCUUAAAUAACACCUGGACAAUCUGAAAGACCUGAAUGAUGCAUAGCUAUGCUCAAGUCCAUAUAAGGCCCUUUGCACAUAGUCUAACAGAAAGUCCACAAUUUGGCUGAACACUGCUGAAGCUGAGCGUCACUUGCUAAAGUGCACUGUCACUGAAAUUACCACAAAGACAAACUCCAUUGUGUGUAAAUAUCAUUCUGCUGUUUUUGAGAUUCUGUUGCUAUUAAGUGCCUAAAGUGGUGCUUUAUUAUUUUGUAUUUUGGUUGGUUUGCCUCACAAUCUACAUUGGUGGCAUGUGCUAAUAUAAAAAGCUUUAACCUGAGACCUAAAUCAACAAAACAACAGUAUUCCUCAACUGAGUCUGAUCUGUAGGCCGUUUGUGGGCAUAAGAAGUUCUUGUGGCAUUUGUAAUCUGGACCCUAAUUUAUGAACUUUGUUUGCUUUUAAUUUUCUUCAAAAACUCAGGAAAGUGAUUGUGAUUUGUACAGUACCUCAAAAGAUUGUGUCAAAGCACUACAUAUUGGGUUUGGAUUUUGAUUUGCAUUGAGCUAAAAGUUCCACCUCAACUGAUUAAAACAUGACAAGGAUAUGACUAUGAAUGUAACCAGAUCAUUUCUGGACUGUUUGGGAAAAAAAUGUGUUUAUCUUUUUUCCUUUCUUUUGUCAAGUAUUGAAGUUGAAAUUAAAUAUUAAUUGCAUUGUGAGUAGCUUGAAACAGAGGGAUGAACAAUGAAGAAUUCUGAAUUGUGGCAGUCUUGAAUACAGCACCCUGUCCUCAUGCAUAGCACAGUACUGACUCUAUAGUGCUUAUGUAAUCAAAGGUUAAUUUAAAGCCUUAGCUAUGAAAGAGAAGUUGCAGGGGACCACACUAUUUGUGUUUUGUGGAAUUAGAUGUCCAUUUAUCUGAUCAAUGAAGAGAGAAGAGAGACUCAUUGCAGGUGAACCAAAACUUUUACAAAGACCACUACAUAUUAUAUUUGGGGGAUGAAACACUUUGGUUAUUUGUAAGUAUUGUUUUUAACCCUGUUCUGCUGCUGUGUGUCAUUCCUGUAACAAUCCUGAAGGAUCAUGUGUAACCUGUGUUCUUUUCUACCUCAGUUCAUCACUGUUUUCUUUCAAAGCAAAAAUUAAAGAGGCUAGCUUGACGUCCUAAACUCUCUAGGCUCACUCAACAAGAAGAAAACUCGCUUAUAGAACUAGCUGCUCAAAAGAAUCAACAAACGCGACUGACCCUGUCUGUGUUUCUUCUUCUCACAAUAUAUAGUGCAGCCUCCCUGCAUACACAUGCUCCAUGGGUUUUGUGUUGCACUCAGAGGGAAUGAUUCUCCAGUCAUUGCGCUCCCCUUUUGGUGUUGCUGUUUCUACAGUUGGCAGCUUUUUUCUUUACUAACAGUCGACGCUAGCCACAUGAUUGGGCAGUACCACUGGGGCACUGGAGACAAGCACCUGUGUUUACAGCACAUGAGGAUGAGUCAAAGAAGGCCUUGUGUUGAAUGUAUGUUUGUGUUGUUUGUUUGUUUGCUCCCCCCCCCCCCCCCCCCCAUCCCGUGAGCAUUUUAUGUUUGCCAUUUUGUGAAGCACUAGUGAGUGGAGUGGGGCAGGGCUGCAAAUGUACAGCACUGGAGAAUCCUGCAGAUGCUCAGAGGAUGGCUGUCCUGUUUCCUUUUCCCCUUACUGUUUAUCCUAGGCCCUUAGUGCAUGCAUCCAGUACGUAAUGCUAUUGAGGAUGUUAUACAUUAUAGGGUGUUGGCAUAGUCCCUUUUUACUUCAACACUGCAGUGUUUUCCUGUCAAUGGUGCUUAGUGGCUGGAGCUAACAUUUCCUCCACUACAUGUAUAUGCGAUUUAUCCAUGCACAACCAGUCAUGCAUUUUAUGAUAGACAUCAAGUUAGUGUAUUUAGCGGCUGUAAAAUGCCAUUUAUUUUACCAUUCUGCAUUAAUAAUGUGAUUAAGAGAAAACUUUCUGAGAUGUCAAGCAUAUUUGGUGUCUGUCCAGUAGAACACCUUCAGAUUUGGUCUGGUCCUGUCAUUAUAGUAAAUGUUAACAUUUAAUUUGUCAAAUGCACUUUUCAAUUAAAGUUUAUCAUUUGAAAGCAUCUUCUUUGCACCAAAGCAAAUAGAACCAAUUUACUUCAACAAACGUAUCCAAAAUGAAAGCCUAUGCGCAACUAUUUUAUAAAAAAAUAUAUACAUAUAUAUAUAUAUACAUAUAUAUACGGUAUGGCAUACCAUAGCAAUUUGCCCUGUUCUAGUUUAGUGGCAUAGAUUUCCACAUUUAUCUCAACAUCCAGAAUAAUAAAGUACUGUGCGUACUUAAGCCAAAUAGCACUGAUGCCCAGAGCCACUCUUUCAUGUUGUGAAUAAUUCUUUUGUAUCAUUAAUUACUGUUUUGCUGUAUGAAAGAUCCACCAGCAUUCACUUCUGCAACAUCCCUCUGAAAACUGGACAGAUCCUUCGUAACAUGGAGGUCAUUGUGGAAUCCCCUGAUAACUGCUGAUUACAAAAGCAUUUAGUUUAAAACUGCAUUAGUGACAAAUGCAAUGAAAAGGUUUAAAGCACACCUUUUUUUCCUCAGAUCAUUUAGCUUUUUUUUUUCCCUGUAUGUUUUUUUUUUUUUCGUCCUGCAUUCUUCUGCACUCUUCUAGAUGUUGCUGUCAUAUCAGUUUUCUAUUUCAGACAUUGAUCUCUAAAACCAUUUCUACCUCAUUGCUACAUACACACAUGUAGUACCUAUGUUCUGUCUUUUUUGAAUGUCAUGCAUUUGUAUAAAAGGCAAAAAAUAUUAAAAAAAGGAAAAAGAUAUAAAAGUGGAAAAAAGCUUGUCCUUGAACUUGAGCAGUCUACCUCAGAAAGACUGUCCCUACACUGAGCAGUUUAGUAGUUGGGCAAAUGAUGAGACACACUAGAGAGUGUUGAGGUAAAGAUAUUGCACACAGUCGUAACUUUGAAACACUUUGAAAUCUACUUACACAAAAACCCCCACAAUGGGUGAAGGAUAUUGUGGGCUGUAUAGGUCUUCUUCAAGGUCUCUAAAAUGCAGAUUCAGUUUUUGGAUUAUAAUAAAAUCGCUUUACUCCUUUGUGAAAUGUAGUGUGCAUGUGAAUGUGUGUGUGUGUCUGUGUGUGCGUGUGUGCGUGUGUGUGUAUGUGCACUUAUCAUUAAGUGUGUAAGUGUGCAUUUUUAUAUAUGAAAAUUCUAUAUGAAAUGUAAUUACAUUUCAUAUCUUGUAUUUGUACAUGAGCUACACUCGCACAUAUGUGUACUUAAUGUACAUUGUUGAUAUAACAUUUUGAAAUACACCACAUAACGUUUCUAUGUGUGUGUCUGUACAGUAUUGCCAUAACUGCAGUCGACGUAAAUGUAUUUUCAUGUAUUCAUAGGGGCAAAGGAUAAUAAAAGAUCAUUAACAUGUUUUUGAAAUUCCAGUGUAUGUGUUUUGUUUUUUUUCCUGCUGCAUACCAGAUUCAUUAAAAUAGUUACAAAUGAGGCACACAUUAGAAGCUCAUGGCUAUAUAUUCACUAGUCAUUUCUUGUGUGAGAAAGCUUAUUAAAACGCAAAGUUGGGAUGAGGGAGAAGGAAAUCUUGAGAAAGACCUAUACACUGCACAAUAAACAUUUAUCCUAAUUUUUACCCAACAUAUCUUAAUGUAAGUAAGUUUACAUCUCUCCAAUUACCAAUUACAUUUACUUACUGUUGUGAAAUCUUUCAUUUGUAAGGAACAAUACAUAAUGGAGCAUGCUAGUGCAGGAAAAUAAUCAGUGACGGGGACAUUCCAAUUACAGCGUGUCCUAAAGUCCCUCCAAUACCACAGCAAUUUGCCAGCAAUCUUUAUCUUUUAUUUAUUAAUAAACAACACAUUAUACUUUUUAUUCUUUCAUAGUCAUGUUUAAUGUUGUGGAACAUCCAAGUUGAGAGACAAGUUAGUUAUUGAUAUGUAUGUUAUAACAGUUAUAAACAGUCAUUCCCUCACCACCUUCACUUUUUUCCUCCAUCUUGAAGUAAUAAGAAAAAAAGAAAAAAAUGCAUAGCUUGUCUUGUUUCCGAGAAACCACAAACCACAAAACCAUCUGUCCUGAAAACUUUCCCUUGUUGGAAAACUUAAAGUUAAAGCUUUACCUCUGACUUUUCAAAAGUGCUGAUGCUCCUUCCAAAAAUGCUAAAUAAACUCACCAAAAACAAUUCUGAAGAAAAAUAAAUCCAUUUGUGAAGAGUGUCCACCAUACAAAUCCCUGUUAUUAGUUGUUACUGUAGAAAUAUAAAGCAUUGCAAAUGCAUGUGCAGCCUGGCAGCCAGUCUAAUCACCUUCUGACCAAUCAGAAUCAAGCAUUCAACAGCCAUGUGGUAUAAGAAUAUUAAAGGAACAAAACUGCUACUGCAUUUCUAAUGACUUCUUCCUAUCAGUCGUGCAAAUCAGUGGUUGCUACACACAAUCAGAAUUCUAUUAAAUGAUGUCCACACCCAGGUGCUAUUUGUAGGUGGUAGAUACUUUCGACUACAAUUGUACAGUUUAACAAUCUGCACACGUUAAACUGCUGUAUAAGAGGGACAUUUUUGUCUUUAGCCUUUGUAAUGUAGUAAUGGUCAGAGAACAUGACCAUGAACUCGAAGGUCGAGGGUUUAGCCUAGCUGAUAAUAUGCGAGGCAUUUACCCCUAGUUAUUUGAAGUAGAGGGUUGAUUGGCAUAUGCAAGCAUCAGUUAUCUAAUACCAGUGUAUACACCAGUAUCUCAGCACCUGAGUCCUCAUAUCAACAAUCUUUGGAGAUAUAUUCGUGUGUUAUUUAUACAGUAGUUAUAAUGUGGACCCUUCCAAAUAUUGUAAGAGCUAGGUGCAGCUUUCUUACCCCACCAUGAGAGAAAGCUUUAAAAUUGUGUUUGAUGAGUUACUGUUUUGGAAAUGGAGACUUCUAGGGCACUUCUUUAUUUACAAGAAAUAUGCAUCAACAUUUUUUCCUUAAACUCUUAUUCUUAAAAUAUUCAGAAUCCUCAUCACUCCUCACUAAGUAUCAUCUUGAAAGGUGAUUCUUAUCGAUUUCCCAAAAUUAACUGCACAUCAUAAGUACAGUUUGUUUUAUCACUGUCUUUUUUUAUUCUUCUUUCAUUUUGUUAUAAAUAAGACAUUAAUGCUUUCGAUUUUCCACAUUGAAGGCAUAAUUAUGUAGUAGAUGCUUUGUGCGUAGGUUGCUGCUGUACAAUUAACACUGGGGAACUAGGUGCAUUUGGAGCCCAUCGCUGUUUCAUUUGUGAUCGGCUGUGUGUCAUUUCCACAGUCGUGCACAUUAAAAGAAGCCUCUCCUAAUGGAUGCAAUUCAGCAGGGUUCCCCUCAGAGACACCGCCAACACGCUCCAGCACAAUCACAAACACAAAGGUUAUCAGAGCCGCAGAUGAAGAGAUGACGAUAGGAGAUGGUUUUUUUCUUCCUUUUGUCAAGGUGUCUUCUUCCGUGUUCAUAUUUAUGUCGUUUCUGUCUGUCCUUUGCUAUGUUCUGAUGCACGUACAGUAUGUUUAUAUCGUGCAUUAAGGGAUUAUAAAUUUAACACAAAUACACCAUUUUGAAGUGUGCUAGAUAUUUGUGGUACACAACCACUUUUUUCUUUUUGAUGGCUUUUUAUUUCUAAUACAAGGACGACUGGCUCGGUGGUUAUUAAACUGUAAGUAAUUACUGAUCUACUGCUGAGAGCUUCAUGUCUGAACCUUUUCUUCUGCAUAGGUCACUCUUCCUGUGCUGAUUCAUUCACCGAUUGAUUUUUACCUUUUGAUGAAAAGCAUUUCAGGGCAUUAAAGAAGACUUAAAUGUUGCAUUUCCUUGAGCAUCUUAAAUUAUAUCACAGUACAUGUGACAUUCCAAAUGCAUUUUCUUUCAUUACAUGUCACAUUAGUUGGGUAGCAAAGAGUUUAAUAAAAUAUCUCAACAUGUUUGGUGAAGCA